UACGUCCCAAAACCAAACCGUGUUAGGGUUUUACUUUUCUUGUUCCCUUCUCUCUCCUCUCUAUAAAUACAAAGCCUCUACUUUUCUACCUCUUAUUUUCUUUCUCUAGGGUUUCUGCGCCGAUCUACUGCACACAAAGUCGCCAUGGGUAGAAGACCUGCAAGAUGUUACCGUCAGAUCAAAAAUAAGCCAUACCCAAAAUCACGUUACUGCCGUGGUGUGCCUGACUCUAAGAUCAGGAUUUAUGAUGUUGGCAUGAAGAGGAAGGGAGUUGAUGAGUUCCCAUUCUGUGUGCACUUGGUGUCCUGGGAGAAGGAGAAUGUCUCCAGUGAGGCUCUUGAGGCAGCACGUAUUGCUUGCAACAAAUACAUGGCCAAGUUUGCUGGAAAGGAUGCUUUCCAUUUGAGAGUCAGGGUUCAUCCAUUCCAUGUGUUGCGAAUCAACAAGAUGCUUUCAUGUGCUGGAGCUGAUAGGCUCCAAACUGGCAUGAGGGGUGCUUUCGGUAAACCACAGGGAACUUGUGCUAGAGUUGCAAUUGGACAGGUUCUUCUGUCUGUUCGCUGCAAGGACAACAACAGUCACCAUGCUCAGGAGGCUCUUCGCCGUGCAAAAUUCAAGUUCCCUGGUCGCCAAAAGAUUAUUGUCAGCAGGAAGUGGGGCUUCACCAAGUUUAAUCGCAAUGAUUAUUUGAAGUUGAAGGCCGAGAACAAGAUUAUGUCAGAUGGUGUGAAUGCCAAGCUUCUUGGAUGCCAUGGACCCUUGGCCAACCGUCAGCCUGGAAGAGCAUUCUUACCUGCUACUGCUUAGAUCAUAUCAUUCCUGGAAGGAACUUUGUUCAUCUCUUAGCAUCUGAGGAAUUUAUCCAUUACUCUCUUUUACUAGUAUUGCAUGUUGUUGAACUGUUUAAGUUUAUUCCAAACUGUACUGAGGAUAUCGUAUGAAAUUUCGUGGUAUGAUGGUGUUUUUGCAAUAGUUGAAUCAAUUUUGGUA